AUGCGCAGCUCGAAGCACAACAACCCCACAACAGCAGCAGCAGCAGCAGCACCAGCACCAGCAGCAGCAACAGCAGCAACAACAGCAGCAGCAGCAACGCAGCAGCAGCAACCGUCGAGUAGUUUGCAGGGUUUGAAGGGUUUUCGGGGUAUGAAUUCUAUGUCGUUCGCUUCUAGCGGAGGAGACCCUGAGGGUUUAGAUUCUGGUCUGAGUGAGGGUUUAGACGGCGAGGGUUUGCUGCUUGUGUUUAUUGAGGCAUGCAGACUGUGCUGCUGCGCACUUCAGCAGCACAUAGAGAGCUGCAUGCAAUCUUUGCUAGGCUCUGACUUUCUUUCUAUUAGCAAAUUACCCGAAGCAAACAUUUGGCCGCAAGGAAGAGUAGAUGGAGAGAAAGAAGUUAUUGAUUUAGAAGGCAUUCUACAUCUCGUGACGGCGUACUGGAAUGAAGUCUUUGAGCAGAUUGUCCGUGACCCCCAAUUGCUGCAGCGCUUGCAGCGGACAGUCAUUUGCUGGGCUUCUCAAGAUUUGUCGCGGUUUGACCGCGCAUAUAUUUGCGAGUUUCUCGGAGAUGCUGCCGCCUUUUGCAGGGCGUUUGGGGUUGAAGAGGCCGCUGCUCAGUUGGAGGAAAUGCGCUGCCGAGUGUCUCCACCAGGUGGAGGCAUCGAUGUCUUCUCAAACCCUAAACCCUAA